GGGGGGUUGGUCAAAAUUUUUACUACUUGUUGGUCCAAAAAUGAUCAGGAGGAUGUGUUUGAUUUUAACACUCAUCUAACAUGAUGACAAAAUUGACAAUUCAGCAACUACUCCAAUGAAUGAGGGCCACCACGGAAUUCAUUUCCAUGAAACCAAUCUCUUUCAAUAUGGUUUUUUUUUUAAAAUUCUUUUUUUAUACAAGUUUUUGCACAUAAUUGGAGGAUAGGAAGAGAAGAGUGAACAUAUUAUAUUCAAGUGUUUUAUCCUGUCUCAAAGUACAGUUUGUUGUUAUAGUCUACAUCACACCUAUAGUGCCCAAUCAGCCUGUUUAACUGCAUUAUCACACCUAUAGUGCCCAAUCAGUCUGUUUAUUUGCAUUAAUUAUUAUGAAGACGAUGGACAAUUAUAUGGGUGGCGGCUUGUAGGAAUAUACUACACCUUUAUACAUAUAAUGUAUGUGCUUGAAAUACAGUUCAGGAACAAAAUUGGACCUUAAUAAGGCAGAAGGUACUUAAUCAUGUGCAACGGAGAAUACAUUUAUGGUUCCAUGGAUAGCUACAUUAGGAGAAAUGUACUGAAAUGUAGUAGAAGAAAUAACUUGGAAAAUUUCACUUCAUCAAAAUAGGGGAUGACUUUUGACGAAGGUACAAUAGAGUCUAUGCUUACUUUUCAACUAAAAUGAUUAAGGUCAUGAUCAAAGUGAUGAUAAUCAUUUGGCCUUUUUGGUUAAUUCUGGUCAAUUUAUUAUUCAGGUUGACCAACCUCAUUAAUGCAUUGGCCUGUUCAUGAGAAUUGUGAAGUCUAGCAGAGUAAGAAAGGGGAAUAAGAUAGAGUACAUAGCUUUAUUGUAAACGAGAUAGAAUGGAACACUUUGUCACUGAAGUGACAUGAUUUACCUGUCAGGUGACAAUGGUAAUUUCAUCGGCUUUUCAAUAAAUGGUCACAAUUGUAACUGAUUAAGCUAGAGUAUUUGCUUAAUAUAAUGGUGUUGAAAGAUGUCAACUUUGUUCUGUACAUGCACUGCAUUUUGUAUGAUUUAGUCUGAAAUGUCUUGUAUAUUUAAAGAUAAUAUAAUUAUUUACUUGGCAAUUAUGAAAUGAUCUUAAAAUGAUUAUAAGUACAUAGUUACUAUGUCAUGUUCAAUCAGCUAGGGAUGGCAAGUGCUUUGGAAACUCUGUGUGGACAAGCUUAUGGAGCUCAGCAAUAUCAAAAAGUUGGAACACAGACAUAUACUGCAAUUUUUUCUCUCAUCGUUGUCUGUAUCCCUUUCUCAAUCUUAUGGAUUUACUUGGGACGAAUACUCACGUUUAUUGGACAAGAUCCUUUGAUUUCAAAUGAAGCGGGAAAGUUUGCCACAUGGUAUAUUCCUGCUCUUUUUGGAUUUGCAACCCUGCAACCCCUCAUACGGUAUUUCCAAAUGCAAAGUAUGAUCUUUCCCAUGCUCAUAAGUUCCUGCGUUACAAUUUGUUUUCACAUACCUGUAUGUUGGGCACUGGUGUAUAAAUCUGGACUACACAAUCAUGGAGCUGCAUUAGCUACGGGCCUCUCCAUGUGGUUAAAUGUGAUUAUCCUCGCUCUCUACAUGAAAUUCUCUUCUGACUGCAAAAAGACCCGUGCACCAUUAUCAAGGGAAGUGUUUCAGGGAAUCAGAGAAUUUUUCCGCUUUGCUAUUCCCUCUGCUGUCAUGGUUUGUCUUGAAUGGUGGUCAUAUGAACUUCUCAUUUUGUCAUCAGGCCUUCUGCCGAAUCCGCAGCUUGAAACUUCAGUGCUGUCUGUCUGCCUCAACAUUCUCACGACACUCUAUGCAGCGCCAUUUGGACUUGCUGCUGCUGUAAGCACUAGAGUUUCAAAUGCAUUAGGGGCAGGGAACUCGGAAGGUGCCCGGGUAUCUGUACUAACUGUAAUGAUUCUUGCCCUUGCUGAGGUGAUGAUAGUUGAUACAGCCCUAUUUGCCAGCCGGCAUGUCUUUGGAUACGCCUUUAGCAGUGACAAGGAAGUUGUGGAUUAUGUCACAACCAUUGCUCCUCUUGUUUGCUUGUCUGUGUUAAUGGAUAGCCUACAAGGAACCCUUUCAGGAGUCGCCAGAGGAUGUGGCUGGCAGCAUGUUGGAGCUUAUGUUAAUCUAGCCUCAUUUUAUCUCUUUGGGAUUCCUAUUGCCCUCACGUUAGGCUUUAUGACAAACUUAAGAGGGAAAGGUCUUUGGAUUGGAAUACUAUCUGGUGCCACUAUACAAAGUUUCUUGCUUUGCGUCAUUACCAUAUUCACAAAUUGGGAAAAACAGGCCACUAUGGCGCGAGAAAGAUUGUUUCAAGAGAAAAGUUCAGAUGACAGUGAACUAAUACAAUGAAUAGAAGAAGUUCGAGCGACUCUGUUGCUGUGAAGGCAGGAGUUAGGGUAGAAGGGGAGAACGAAGGCCUCUUGAUGGCUUGAGAGUUUCAGUUGGCAUUCGGAGGAGAACUGAACUUAACUCAUCAUUUGGCAGUUGGAAUGGAACUUGGGUGCAAAGUUGUGUAGAACAGAUAAAGAACUUGAUGGGCUGGUUGAAGCUGGAGGCAGUAACAAGGACCUGCUGUUGAAUAAGAGUGGACAUGGUCUUUUCUUAACAGAAGGAGAGUUAGAAUAACAGUUUUGGUUUGCUUCCAAUCAAAAGAACAGAAACCUCUAAUAGAAACAUUAAAGAAACCUUGUAUUGGAAAAUAUAUGUAUCGUGUAUUGAAAAUAUAGAAAUAAUAAAAUUCGAAAUACUCACGAGCUCGAUAUUGUUUUUUUUUUUGGGAAAAUUCUUGCUUAAUAUUAAUGUUUUUAGAUUUGGUUAUGUGUAGUUACACUAACAGUAAAAGUGAAGCUUCUUCCACAAAAGUGCUUGGAUGGAGUAAUGUGGU